AUGUCUCCUUCUCCCAAUAACGCGCCGAACAACUACAACUCCUCUGAAGUCCCUCCCAACCUUAAUUCUAAUUCUGCCGUGAACAAAAAUAACCCUUCUGUUCCCAACAACAUAGGUAUCCCUUCUGCGCAACCGCCUCAGCAACCGCAAUCGAACGAUGGUGGUGAUCCUCUUGAACAGCCUGCAGGAGUGACUCCUUCUUUCGUUGGUUCAUUAAAAUUGGAUUUUGAGCCUAACCCUUUUGAGCAUUCUUUCGGUUCUACUCCUUCUGUAAAUCAACAUCCAGGUACUUCUACGAAUCGCCCUGUUCCUUCCGCAAUCCCUCCUUCCCUUUCCCGAACUUUACUUCCUCCCGUGUCUUCCAUCGCCUCUCCAGAUAUUUUGGGUGCUCCUGGUAUUGCUUCCCCACUUGCGUAUCCUGCAUGGUCUGGGUUUAGUCGUCCAGGUGCGCAAAACCCCCUUUCUCCUGCUAUUUACGAUGCCACUCUUCGACCUGACUACCUCAACACUCCUUCUGACCCCGCUUCAAUGGCUAUGGGAUCAAGGUUCUCCUUUGGUACUGGAUUCACCCCUGGAGGCAAUGAAUCUUUUCGUUCUUUUCUAACCCCAACAGGUGCUAGUUUUCCUGCUCCUUCACCCGGAACUGCUAAUCUUUUAGGAUUUCAACCCUUUGAUUCACAGUAUCCUGAUCAGUAUCGUUUCACUCCGAGAGACGGCAAGCCUCCUGUUUCGACUGGUACAAAUGGAGAACAGUCUGAUUACUUUGGUGCCAAUGCUGCCGUUCACGGUCUUUGUUUACUUUCACAAGUCCCUGAGCAGCAAAAAAUGCAGCAAUCCAUUCCGCAUGAGACGGAUCCUUCGACAUCGGCGGCUGUUGCGAAUUUGCUGAAACAAUCUCAGUCUCAGCAAUCUCAGCAUUAUCCCGAGUCUAUUCGUCCGUCUUUUACACACAAUGGCAACAAUCCCAUGGAACACCAAAAUAUGGGCCAACAACCUUAUUACAUGAAUGCCAACCAAAUGCGUGGUGAUAUGCAGCCUUCCGUGUAUGGCGAAACUGUCAACCCUGCUGAUCCUUCUCUCAAUUUACGUCCAUCCAACAAUUAUGGAAUGCACAUGAACAACAUGUCUCACAUGGGACGGGGUGGAGGCAGAGAGGUAUCUAGCAACGGUAUGCCGGUUCAAGUCAAAUCUGAAGUCAGUGAACAUCAGGAAUCACAACCGCGUGCUAUACCGCGUGCUAUGUCCGGUAACUCCAAUGUAUCUCCUUCAGGAUCUCCUAGCGAGACUGACAUGAAGGAUAUUGACGGUUUUAAUGGUGAUAGUAGUAAUAGUAAAAGUGGCUCGACUCCUCGUCGAAAUUCGAAAAAUGAAACUGAUGAUGAAAAACGAAAAAGCUUUUUAGAACGCAAUCGCCAAGCUGCGCUCAAGUGUCGCCAACGCAAAAAGCAAUGGCUAUCCAAUCUUCAAGCGAAGGUUGAAUUUUAUGGCAAUGAAAAUGAGAUUUUGAGCGCGCAGGUUAGUGCUCUCAGAGAAGAAAUUGUCAGUUUGAAAACACUGUUAAUUGCUCACAAAGAGUGUCCAGUUGCAAAAGGCAAUUCUGCAGCGGUCGCUACAACAAUCAUCGGCAAUGGUGAUAUGUCCCAACGGAUUAAUUUAGGUUACUAG